CAUGGCGCAACGGUUGUGUGGUAUAAUUAUCCUAAUUUCUCAUAUGCCUCUUUAAUAAGAAAUUGUUAGAUAGACUCAGUCUACCACGUCAUCCGUAGACUAAGCCUAUCACAUAAUGAUACAUCAUAAAAAUGAUGGUAAUUUUAUAAAUUCGUUUAUUACUUAUUUACACAUUUAAAUAGUAAUAUUACAAGAUUGCCAUCAUUUUAAUGACGUGUCAUUAUGUGUUUCACUUCUCCUCUUUAACACAUCCUUUUAGUUUAAGCAUUUUAAAACACCGAACUGAAGUAUCAAUGUUAUAUAAUUCGGAACACCAAUUAUUUUUUCCGGAGAAGUGAAUGCGAUCAGAGACUACAAUGAUCCAAUUUAGGGUUAAUUUGAUCUAAAAAUGAAGAGUGUUAUUCCUAAUUGAUUUAAUAAUAAAAGAUAUUUUUUCUAAUUGAUUAAAAUAAUUAAGUACUUCUAGUUAUUUAACCCUAACAUAUAAAUUCAGGGUAUUGCCGUAACCCUUUGCUCAAACUAAAUUAACCGUUUAAGAAGUUAAAAAGGUUAUUUCUUUUCAACUCCUCCUUGCACUAUUGGUUUCUUUUUGCACCUAGAGUAAAAGAAAAAAUGGCUUUCAUCUUCAAGAUUUUCAAGAACUCAGAGAAUCCAACAACAAUAACCCCAAAAAAGACUGUUACACUCAUUAUAAUCUUCUUCACCCUAACAAUUCUAAUCCUAGCGUCAUUCCUUAAAGGCUUCUCUCUUGUUUCCAAUGGAAACGUACAAGAACAAGAAUUUACACAUUCUUCAACUCCAAAUCUAAUUGUAAACCUUGCCUGUACCAGAACUCUAUACCCUUCAUUAUGCCUCAAAACUCUAUCUUCCAUUCAAAUUCCCAAGAAUUCUGCAACUUUUGGCCACAUUCUUGAAUUUACAAUCAAUGAAACUGAGAAAUCUGUUGCCACCGCAAGAAAACAUGUAACGGGCCUUCUUGGUUUUCAAGAUUUGAUUUCUCAAGAAAAAAUUGCGUUAAGAGAUUGCUUGGAGAUGUUGGAUCAAACCCGUUACGAACUCGGACAAGCACCUGAUGAUCUUCAGGUUUUUUCUGCAUCUAAUCUCAAGACUCUGCUUAGUGCAGCAAUGACUAAUCAGCAUACUUGCAUUGACGGGUUCUCUGAUUUGGAUCGAUCCGAUUUCAAGAAUCAGAAAGGUCUGAAGUCCAAGAUUCAAGACUUGUUUAGUCCGAUUACUGGUAUGAUUAGUAAUUGUUUGUCAAUCAUCACAUAUAUGGAGAGUGUAACUGAUGAGGAUAUAAAAACUGUUCAAGAACGGAAGAAGUUUGUUAAGUGGUUUCCAAGAAACAGGUUUCAUCCACGGAUGGGUUCUAAUAUUAGGCCUAACAUUGUUGUUGCUAGAGAUGGGAGUGGUAAUUGUAGCUUGAUUGGCGAGGCUAUAGAGAUGGCACCAAAUGGAAGCAGGCACAGAUUUGUGAUCAAGAUCAAGGCCGGAGUGUAUAAUGAGACGGUGAAUGUGCCUAGAGAAAAGACUAAUAUCAUGCUGAUUGGAGAUGGGAUGAGCAGAACCGUAAUCACAGGGUCUAAAAACUUUGUUGAUGGGUUUUCAACUUUUGAUUCUGCUACCUUAACUGUGGCAGGUGAUAGAUUCCUAGCCAGAGACUUAACAAUCAUCAAUACAUCCGGGCCAUACAAAUUUCAAGCAGUAGCUGCAAGAGUUACCUCUAACUCUGCGUUUUAUCGCUGCAACUUCAGUUCAUAUCAGGAUACACUUUUCGCUCACUCCCUUCGCCAAUUCUACCGCGAAUGCACAAUCCAAGGCACAAUUGACUUCAUUUUCGGAAAUGCAGCAGCAAUUUUCCAACACUGUUUGAUACGUGUUCGCGUACCAAUCCCCGGUCAACGAAACAUGAUAACUGCUCAAGGGAGGAGAGACCCGAAUCAGAACACUGGUUUCUCAUUUCAGAACUGCACAAUUACGGCAGCAGCAGAUCUAAACGCACGAAAAGGGCAAAACAUUUCAACUUUCUUGGGACGGCCAUGGGGAAACUACUCGAGAACUAUGUUAAUGAAUAGCUAUUUAGGCAAGCUGAUACAUCCACAAGGGUGGUAUAAGUGGGAUAACUAUAGCACUUUAGAUACAGUUCAGUACAUUGAGCAUUUGAACUACGGACCGGGUUCAAGUACACGAUACAGAGUUUCUUGGAGAGGGUUUACGAAGAAUUGCAGUGAAGACAUUGUCAAACAGUUUACAGUUGGGAGAUUCUUGCAUGAAGCAGAUAAUUGGUUUGAGUCUACAGGAUUUACUGCUUCAUAAUGAAUUAACCAUUUUAUUAGACAGGAAUUUUGUGCACAUAAUAGCAUUUAGUAUGCUUUGGUGUUUAAGGAUAAUGAAUUUCUUGUGAGCAAGAUUGUAAAUACUCGGUUUCCACAAUUCUUUUUUAGGAAAAACUUCUAAAUAAAUCUCAAUCUUUCAUGUAA